AUGGAGCCUAAAUUUGAAGAUACUUUUGAAAGAGGAGACUAAAAACAAUCAACUCUUUUAAUAAAUAGCUUGAUAGAUGAACAAAGGGAUUUAUAAUUAAAUGAAAUAUAAGUAGAUAGAUCACGGCAGAGACAUUUAUUUGAGUAAUAAAAUUAUUUGCUACAUUAAUCUCAUCAUGGGGAUACAGAAAUUUAAGAAAGCAGCAUUUAGGAUAGAACAAGCAGUACUAUAUUGGAACUAAAACCACAAUCAUCAGGUGAAGUAACAUUAUAAGUAAGCAUAAUUCAUGACAUUAAGUAGCCAUCUAAAAUAAAUCGAGAUAUAAAUGACGAAGUUAGAUGUAAUGUAGAACUUAAUGAUGAGAGAGAAUUAUAAUAUUAUUAAAGCUAGAAAACUGAAAAUCAGAUUGCUAUCAUGGCAGGAUGUGAUUAAAAUAGUUAAUAGAAAUAUUUGUUUAAUAUAGAUUCUAAUGAGUAAUAAAGUCUUUGUGAUUUGAAUAAAUAAAGCGCUUUUGGUCCUUCAUAUUUAGGAAAUCAUAGAGAAAAUUAAACUUAAAUAGCCAAUAGCAUUAUUUUACCAUAAAAUAGCAUAAAACCAGUUUUAAAUGAUAAAAUUUGGCUUUAAGAAGACAUAUUUUAUGAAAAAAACUACAAGAAAUUUGGCACGAAAGUUUCUGUUGCAUUAAAAAGCUAAUAUAUCGGGUAAUAGCUGAAUAAUAGCACAUAUAAAUAUAAGUAGAACUUUGAAAAAGCAACUGAUAUUGUUAAUAGACUUUUAAAUUCUUCUAUGAGUAGGGUUAUGAAAAUAAGAUAGCAUGUUUAAAAUUUUGUCAAUCUGUUAAAGCUAAGACAUUUAAAUCGAAGGAUUGAUGACUUAAAGGAGAAUGAAUUUAAAAUUAUAAACGACUAGAGUUAUUAUUAUCAAAAAAAUGACAAAUAAGUUCACAACUACUCAACUUUAUUGAUAUUUAACUGCUUAUUAAGGCUAAAAAAAAUGGUUCCAAUAUUCAUGCCUACUAAUGUACUGAGAGUACUUUGGGAUAUGAUUUAACUGAUAUCAUAAUCAAUUUAAACACAGCCUUAUUUAGCAAAGAUAACAUAAUCAUAAAACGCAAACAGAUUUUUAAAAAAUUAAAAACAUAUUAUAAAGCUUAUUAAUUAAAUUGCAAGUGUAAUGACAGCAGCCCAUAUUGCUGCAAUAGGUUGGUAUUUUUUAGGUAUUCAAGAGAAUUAAAAUAAUCAUAGUAACUGGCUUGUAAAACUUGGCAUCUAAGAUCAUGCUUAUUAUGAAAAGUAUGUCUAUUCUAUUUACUGGUCUAUCACAACAAUGACUACAGUUGGAUAUGGAGAUAUUGCUGCAACAAAUUACAUAGAAGCUCUUUAUAUUUCUGUGGCAAUGCUUUUCUUUAGUUGUGUAUUCGCUUAUUCAAUUAACAAUAUUGGUUUUAUUCUACAAGAAAUAGAAAAAACAUCAAAGCAGCUAAAUGAUGAUAUAACUAUAAUAUAAAGGAAAGAUGUGAAUAUAUAACUUAAAAGCAGAGUGAGGCAUUAUUUAUCAUUCUUAGCUCAUGAGCAAGGGGAUCGAGAUAAAAAAGCAGAAGAUUAAAUAUUAUCUGUGCUUUCUAAUAAGCUGAGAGAAGAAAUUACUAUAGAAAUAAAUUCUAAAAUUCUCAAUACUUAUUUUUUGUUAGGCUCAAAUUUUUCGCAGGCGACUUUGAGUAAAGUAAUAUUUAUUAUGGAAGAAGUUCUAGUAAAUCCUAACGAGGUGAUUGUAAGAGAAAAAGAGUAUGAUGAUUAAGCUAUUUACUUCAUAUAAAAUGGGACUAUCGAAAUUUACUAACAACAAAUUUAUAAUCAAAACAGAGUAAGUGUAAUCAAAGUUUUAGGAGAUGGCUAAAUAUUUGGUGAGCUAUCAUUUUUUUCUGGUCUCAAAAGGCAAGCAUCAGCGAGAAGUGUGAAUUUAUCUACUAUCUACAAAAUAAGUAGAAUUAAAUUUAUCGAAAUAUUAAAAGAAAAUAUUGAAGAUUUUGAGAGAUUCAAAAUGAUGUAAGAUUAGAUAAUUUUUUAAAAUGAUUUAUCAGUUAUUUAUACAGAGUGCUAUAGCUGUAAAAACAUUGGUCACAUAGCUAAUUAAUGCCCUAAAACUCACAGAAUCAAAGAUCAAUAGCUAACUGUCCUAAAACAAAAUUAUUCUAUUUUUUAAGAAAGAGUUUAAAUUGAGAGAAAGAACAAAAAAUUAAAAUUGCUUGAUAAGUACUAAAUUAAAAAAAAUAAAGAAAUAUUUAAUUCUUUAAAAUAGAAUUUAAAAUAAUAGAAUGAUUAAUGCUAUUUGUUAUUUGAAACAAAUGAAAAUUUUCUAACUUCUGAAAAUUCAGAAUCAAAGUUUCUCAAUGACGACGAAGAUGAAGAUGAAGAAGACUAAAGUUUAUUUGAAUCAAAAUUUUAUUUUGAUGAAUAAAGCACUCACUCAAAAAAUUUUUCAAAAGCUUUUUUAAGAAAAAAAACAGAGAAGCUAUUAAAAAGUAUAAUAAAAGCAAAUAAUUUCUAUCAGCAAACUAGCUAUGGAAAUGAAUCUUUAGCUAAUUUAGAAAAUCAGUGCCACAGUAAUAAAUCUUUACACAAUUAAGAAAGUACUGAAUAAAAAAGAGCUGCUUCUAAUACAUAAUGUGCCUAUACUAAAACUUAAUCUUUCGAUGCAAUAGAAAAUAUUAAUAAUAACAGCAUCAAGUAAGAAUCUUCUUUAAAUACAAUAUCUACUAAAAACGCAUAAAUUAAUGAACAUAAAAUGAUAUAUAAAAGUGACUUAGAUUAUUUAAACUAAAACUUUGAAAUUUAUAAUUAAUAAAAAAACUAAGAAGAAGAAGAGGAAAGCUUAGCAAAAUAAAAAUCAAUUUAGCCAACUGUUAGUUUUUUAAAUGUGCCGUAAACUGAUUCAGAAUUUAAAUAACUGAAAUCAGGUUAGCAUGCUAACAAACUUUAUUAAUAAUAAACUGAUGAUCAAAAUUAAAUUUAAAAAUAGGACAGCUAAAUUUAACAACUGAACUUUGCUGAUUCUUCAAUUAAGCCAUAUAGUAAGUAGUCUAAAUCUAGACAGACGUUAUCAUAAAAAAGUUUAAAAUUAUUAAAUUAAAGCCAAAGAGAAUUCCGAUGCUCAGUAGACUAAAUAUUAUUGCAAAACUUUAUUGCCAAUGGCUUAAUUGGUGAUUAAAAAAAUUUAUUAUAAAAAUAUAAUAAUUCGAAUAGAUCUUCUUUUUUACAAGAUAUGUUUGAAAAAUAUUAAAAUAAAUCUGAAAAAUCUAUUAAGGACAACAAAGAAAAAAUGCAAAGCCAAAAAUCUAUUUAGAGUUAAAUUCUAUUUUAUAACUCAAAUUCAAAAGAUUAAAGAUAAAGUUUACAUCGCAAUAAAUAAGAAAGUUAGCAAAAUUAAUAAAAAAACCAAAAUAACAACAAUCCCACAACUGAAGUUGAAUUCAUAAAAUAGCUUUCUAAAAUGAUCUAGAAAACAAAUUUACCUUUACUUCUGUAGUUAACAAAUAGUAGGAGUCAAUUCAAAGCAGAAUCUUCUCCUCUAUUAAACAAUAUGGAUUAAUUUGAUAAAAUCUAGUCAUUUAAAAAAUAUUUUCCUCAUAAUAACUUCCAAAAAGUGAUAUUAAAGCAAAAGAAAAUUUAGCAUGAACAAAAGAGAUAAAAGAAAAACAAAUUAGCAGGAAGGCAUCGUCGUCAAAAUAUAGGAUUGACUAACAAUUUAAGGCUUUCAACUUUAAUUGGAAGCCCUAACUUGAUUAAGAUUAUCCCAUAAGAUUACGACAUAAAUCUAUACAAACCAACUUAUCUCUCAUACGGAGUAAAAAUGUAAAAUGGUAUUAAAUUCCCUAUUAAUCUAUAAUCCUAUUCUAACAAAUGA